AAGAAAAAGAAUUGGCCAAUUCAAUGCGCAAGUGCGGACAUGGGAAGAGCUUCAGACUAACCGUGGAGCUGCAGAGUCUCCCAGUCACGGCGAACAGUGGCCGUGUAAUCCUUAUAUAUAAGAUUCUCCUAACCAUACAACCGAUUGAUUGCAGUAUCGACCGAGCUAUAAAAAUUUCCUCGGGACCUAAACGGGGUAUUAACAGAGAUCCCACUCUGAAAGUCGUCACGUGCGUGCUUGGAUUACUUUCCUCAAAUAAAGAAAAACAAUAAUUUCCAGAGGGAACGAUAGUGAAUAGGCAAUACACAACCACACGUGAGCCAACUACUAAAAUAGUUCUUGGAUAUAAUUAUCAAAUAACCCAAAUCACUGCUCGUAGCUCAGGAAUUUACAUGUGAGUCAAUAUUUGCAUUUUAAGAAUUUCAUUUUGGAAUUUGGAUUGUGCAUUUUUCUGUGCAUGUGAUUGUGGCGAAGUGGAAGGUUCUUACAACAAGCAUCACAGGUCGACGUAUGAGGAGAAAGCCCCCAAAUGGCACACGAGGCUGCGAUCGAUGCAGUACUUUACAGCGAUGUGUUGAUUUCAGUUCGUACAUUACCUUUUGACAGUUUUCGAUGAACAGGUUGAAUAAUUAUUCGUAGUAAAAAAAAAAAAGACAAGAAAAAAAAAAAAAAAAGACGAUGAGGACACUAUGGUAGAAGUCUUUGAUUACAACAUGGCUUCCUCUAAUCUUCACACUAGAGGGAAAGGGACUUUUAUAGGAAAGCUUUCUCCGAGUGAGUCUGCACUGGAUCAGACGACCUCCAAAGUAUUGCAAUUAGCUACAGAAAGGGCGAGUGGUGGACUCAGAAAGGCUAAUCUGAUUGCGCCUUAUUCGAGUGGUCAAUCCGGAAAUGGCAAAGAGGAAACAACAUCCCAGUCCAUAUCAGAAUUUUGGAACGACCUUAUAUGUUCCGGUUUGAAUGAUACUGAGGCGGAAUACAUAAACAUGUGUAUGAAUAAUAGUGCCAAUUCUUCAUCAACAGUGUCCUAUGUAAAUAGUACUUUUGUGUAUGACAAUAGUACUUCCGUCCCCGAGAUGGGGGGUGAGUACUGGGUCCUCUUUUUGAUUCUAAUUCCCCUACUGACAGUUUUUGGCAAUGUCCUGGUAGUCAUGAGUGUUUACAGAGAGAGGAGUCUAAGAACGGUCACCAACUACUUUAUCUGCUCGCUCGCUGUGGCCGACAUUAUGGUUGCUGUCAUGGUGAUGCCCCUGGCUAUUUACCUCGAGGUUACCCAAAUAUGGUUGCUAAGCGAUAUUCUUUGUGACGCCUGGGUAGCUUCUGAUGUCCUAUCCUGUACCGCGUCCAUUCUGAACCUAACAGCCAUUAGUGUAGAUAGAUUCAUCGCUGUGACCCAGCCUAUUAAGUAUUCCAAACACAAGAACUCCAAGCGCGUGUUUGUGACUCUUGCACUGACCUGGAUCAUAUCUCUGGCGAUUGCCGCUCCCAUAGCCCUGGGAGUCAAUUACUCAGCCAUAAGGAAGAAAGGAAUGUGUGCUUUCUUUAACUCUGAUUUUCUCAUAUACUCUUCGAUGGGAUCCUUCUACAUUCCUUCCAUUAUCAUGAUAUUUCUCUACUGGCGAAUAUACCGUGUGCUGCAUUUACGGGCUCGACAUGCCAAUAAGUACAAAAAAGCCAAAAAAUCAAAACUUAAAAACGAAGCAAAUGUGAUAGAAAACUCUGCGACUGUGAACGCAGGUCGGGCGGAGCCGUCUUCUACAACACAGUUGAAUGUUGCUAUAGACAACGGAAAACUAUCAACGUAUAAUACUAACAAAUCGUCGGCUCAGUUAACCAUGCAAAUUAGCGAGGAACCGUCUGUAAACGUAAAUUCCGAUUCUAGUGACAGAUAUAAUGACGACGGAAGCGGUCAGAAAAGUCCCGGAAGUGAAGAUUGCGAAGACGAUGGAGUUGUCGGUGCGUUAAUAGUUAAUCCAGUGGCAGUUCGCCAUGUUGAGAUUCGACUUGAUGGUAACGGAAAUGGAACAUGCGUGGCUGAAACUCAAACGGACGAUGAAACCAAAUUCAGUGAAAAUAACGAAGUUAAAUCAAGAGCGACAAUUGUGAAUGAUAAUGAAUGUACAUUAAAUUCAAAUGCUCGAAACUUAAAUGCACAGAGACGAAAAGACAAACGUGGAGUGGCCAAAUUUAAUUUCCACAUGCGCACUAGCCGGAAGCGGAAAGAAAAAUCUUCCAAUCGUAAAGAACGCAAAGCCACAAAAACCUUAGCAAUUGUGUUGGGUGUGUUCCUCUUCUGUUGGAUGCCAUUUUUCACGAUAAACAUCAUCAACGCCAUUUGUUUGCGGUACGACGGGAUAAACACGAACCCGAUGUGUCAUCUAGACAACAUUCUCUUCUCCUUGUUCACAUGGCUAGGAUACAUCAACAGCUUUCUCAACCCGGUUAUUUAUACGAUAUUUAAUCCAGAGUUCCGAAAAGCAUUCAAGAAGAUUCUUAUUGACGGGUGUCGCUAGUGAUGGUGUGGAUUCCGAAUUAUGAGAGAUUUUAUCCACAGAGGAGAUCCGAUAUCAAUCGACAUUGACCUUUUGUGCGGUUCAUAAGACAGCCUUGACCUCUAAAUUCACACUCCAGGGUCCGUUAUUUAUUUAUUAUGACAUAUAUAAAACAAAUAACACAACACUUUCUCUCAUAGAGAUUUGUACACAAGUUCCCUCCCUUACAUACCCCCUUGUAUGUCAAACUAACGUUAUUGAUUUAGUUUGAUUAAUCGUUUUACACCAUCAUCGUAAAUUGUACGUGAUUAUUGUGACAAUGCGCAUGGCUAGCUUAAAUUACAGAACCAUUGACAUCCACGUGCAGUUCACCCCAUUCUAGUUGUGCAAUGAAUUUUGUAUGGUAAUGUUUUAUAAAGAAAAACUAAUCAUGAGCUCUUAGCUCGGCUUAUUGUUAUGUAAAAAAGAUGUAUGUACACACAUUUGACAUAUGUGACUUAUAUUUAUUAAAGAUACAAAAAGCUAA